AUGCCUCAAAACGAGUAUAUUGAGCAGCACAUAAAGCAGCAUGGUCGCAGGCUCGAUCACGAAGAGCGUAAGCGUAAGAAGGAGGCAAGAGAAGUCCAUAAGGUUGCAGAAAGAGCUCAAGAGUUGAAGGGCUGGAGAGGUAAGCAAUAUGCCAAGAAGCGUUAUGCUGAAAAGGUUGCAAUGAAGAAACGUAUCAAGGCUCACGAACAAUCGAAGGUCAAAGGUGAGUCCAAACCUAUCGACACCGGUGAAGCACUACCUGCAUAUCUGUUGGAUAGAGAAGAGACAAAUCAAGCAAAGGCAAUCUCAUCAUCGAUCAAACAGAAGCGUUUGGAGAAGGCUGAUAAGUUUUCUGUACCUCUACCUAAAGUGCGUGGUAUCAGUGAGGAAGAAAUGUUUAAAGCUGUAAAAACCGGUAAAUCCAAAUCCAAAUCUUGGAAGAGAAUGAUUACGAAACCAACGUUUGUCGGAGAAGGAUUUACACGUCGACCAGUCAAGAUGGAAAGAAUCAUUAGGCCAACUGCGCUACGUCAAAAGAAGGCAAAUGUGACCCAUCCUGAACUGAAAGUGACGGUUUUCCUACCAAUUCUAUCUGUCAAGAAGAACCCUCAGAGUCCAAUGUAUACGCAAUUAGGUGUUUUAACCAAGGGUACAAUCAUCGAAGUUAACGUUUCUGAAUUGGGUAUGGUUACGUCUGGUGGUAAAGUUGUCUGGGGUAAGUAUGCUCAGAUAACUAACGAACCAGACAGAGACGGCUGUGUAAAUGCCGUCUUACUGGUUUAA